AUGGCAGAAACCAACAACCUUGAAAAAAGGGACCAGCCCCUCGAAGCUGUCACACCUAAACGAAUCUCCUACUGGCGCAAAAUCGUCGACCAAGCAGGCAUCACCGCCGAAGUCGAGAACCAUCCUUACCCCGGCUCUGGUACCGAAGAAGACCCUUACCUCAUCUCAUGGAUCCCGAACGACCCCCGCAACCCCAUGCUUUUUUCCGUAUUCGCAAAAUGGUUUAUUACGAUGAUGAUGGCCGUCUGUACGCUGGCAGUCGCUCUCGGUUCGUCGAUGUACAGCGGUGGUAUCGCGCAAAUCGUGGUUGCGUUUGGAAUCAGCGAGGAGAUUGCGAUUUUGGGUAUCUCGUUGUUCGUGCUGGGAUUUGCGAUUGGUCCUUUGAUCUGGGCGCCCAUGAGUGAGAUGUUUGGCCGACAGCUGACCUUCAUCUUGACCUAUGCUAUGCUCACGGCAUUCAAUGCGGCGUGCACCGGUGCUCAGAAUUCAUACACCUUGAUCAUCCUUCGAUUCUUUGCGGGAGCCUUUGGUUCCUCCCCGCUCACCAACGCCGGUGGCGUCAUUGCUGAUAUGUUCGCCGCUUCCGAUCGAGGUCUGGCAAUGAGCUUUUUCGCUGUUGCUCCCUUUCUGGGUCCUGUGCUAGGUCCGAUUAUUGGUGGUUUCUUGGGCGAAUCUGCUGGUUGGCGCUGGGUGAUGGGUUUCAUGGCUGCUUUCUCCGGCGCGCUUUGGAUCCUGGGAUCUACACUCAUUCCAGAGACCUACUCGCCUGUCUUGCUUCGCCAACGAGCCAAGAAACUGUCCAAAAUGACUGGCAAGGUUUACCUGACAGAAAUGGAUGCGCGGCGGGGCAAGGUCACACUUAGCCAGGCUCUCAAGACCUCUCUUUCCAGGCCGUGGAUUCUAUUGUUGAAGGAACCGAUCGUCCUGCUUCUCUCCAUCUAUAUGGCCAUUAUCUACGGAACAUUGUACAUGUUAUUCAGUGCUUUCCCUAUCGUCUACGAAGGAACCCGCGGCUGGAGUCAGGGAAUCUCCGGUCUGGCUUUCCUUGGUGUCAUGGUAGGCAUGUUAGCGGCUGUCGCCUACAGCAUUUGGGACAAUAAGCGAUAUCUCAGAAAAGCAGAGGAGGAAGGCGGAUUUGCGGCACCUGAGGCUCGUCUACCUCCUUGCCUGGUUGGUUCAAUUGCUCUCCCCAUCGGCCUGUUUUGGUUCGCCUGGACAAACUACCCAUCAAUCCACUGGAUGGUCAGUAUUGCCGCUGGUGUUCCGUUCGGUUUUGGAAUGGUCUUGGUCUUUCUUAGUGUCAUGAACUAUUUGAUCGACUCCUACACGAUUUUCGCUGCCUCUGUGCUCGCUGCCAACUCUGUCCUUCGUUCGCUCUGCGGUACUGCUUUCCCUCUGUUCACUACUUACAUGUAUAACAACCUGGGUAUCCACUGGGCCUCGACCAUUCCCGCCUUCUUGGCCCUGGCCUGUGUCCCAUUCCCAUUCCUCUUCUACAAGUACGGCAGACAGGUUCGCGAAAAGUGCAAGUAUGCCGCCGAAUCAGCCGCCUUCAUGCGCAAACUACAGGAAUCUGCCCAAGAAGAAGAAACAGAUGGUGAGAAGAACGACGAAGUCAACUUUGACCGCGACGAAGCCCCGGCUCCUCAUGAUAUCAGCUCCGAAUCCGAGGGUGAAGAGGAAACCGCCCCCGCUCGUCGCAUGUACUCGCGCGCUUCCACUCGCACGGCAACCAGCUCGCAUCGCGGCAAGGUUGAGUACGACGGCAACCCAUACGACAUUGAUCGUGUCAACACCAGAGACUCGGACUUUAGCUUUGUUUCGCCUAAAAAAUCUGCUCCACAGUAA